UGCGGCUGGGCUUGUGGAUGUUGUGAGGCGGAUGGUCGGCGUCUCGCUCCGGCGGCGGCGGUGGCGGUGGCGGCGGGAAUGGCGCUGGAGGAAGAGGGGCUGCGGCUCCUACAGAGCGUCAAAGUCAAGAUCGGAGAAGCGAAAAAUAUGCCUCCCUAUCCUGGACCAAACAAGAUGAGGGACUGCUAUUGUACUGUCAAUCUGGAUCAAGAAGAGGUGUUCAGGACCAAAAUAGUGGAGAAAUCCUUAUGCCCCUUUUAUGGUGAAGACUUCUAUUGUGAAAUUCCAAGAACUUUCCGCUAUUUAGCAUUUUAUAUUUUUGACAGAGAUGUCUUUCGGAGGGAUUCAAUUAUUGGCAAAGUUGCCAUCAAAAAAGAGGAACUUCAGAAAUAUCACAAUCGAGAUACCUGGUUCCCACUUCAGCCAGUGGAUGCUGACUCCGAAGUUCAGGGCAAAGUUCACCUGGAGCUGAGGCUGAGUGAAGUCAUCACUGAUAUUGGGACCAUUUGCCAUAAGUUGGCCACACGUGUUAUAGAAUGCGAAGACCUGCCAAUAGUCAAUGGACAAUGUGAUCCAUAUGCAACGGUUACCUUGUCUAGCCCAUCCAGAUCUGAGUUGAAGAAAACUAAAGUGAAACGAAAGACAAACAAUCCACAGUUUGAUGAAGUGUUUUAUUUUGAGGUGACAAGGCCAUGUAGCUACAACCGAAAGUCACACUUUGAUGUUGAGGAAGAACAUGUUGAGAAGAUGGAAAUCAGGAUUGACCUUUGGAAUGCCAGUAACUUAAAGUUUGGUGAUGAAUUUCUUGGAGAACUACGUCUCCCUUUGAAGAUUUUAAAACAGUCUUCAUCCCAUCAAGCAUGGUAUUUCCUUCAGCCCAGAGAUAAUGGCAAGCCAAAUAAACCUGUUGAUUUGGGUUCCUUACGGCUAAAUGUUGUUUACACUGAGGACCAUGUUUUCCCUUCUCAAUAUUACGACCCCUUGAGGGAUCUUUUAUUAAAAUCAGCAGAUGUUGAGCCAGUUUCCGCAUCAGCUGCUCACAUGCUGGGAGAAGUGUGUCGGGAGAAACAGGAAGCUGCUGUUCCCCUGGUCAGACUCUUCUUGCAUUACAGCAAGAUUGUCCCCUUCAUCAGUGCGAUAGCAAAUGCUGAAAUAAACAGGACCCUGGAUCCAAACACCAUAUUCCGAGGGAACUCCCUAACCUCCAAGUGCAUUGAUGAAACAAUGAAACUGGCCGGGAGGCAUUACCUGCAGGUCACACUGAAGCCAAUUGUCGAUGAGAUAUGUGGAAUGCACAAACCUUGUGAGAUUGACCCAGUUAAGCUGAAGGAUGGUGAAAACCUGGAAUCUAACAUGGACAACCUCCGGCAAUAUGUUGAAAGAAUUUUCAAUGUCAUUACCAAGUCUGGUAUGAGUUGUCCCACAGUCAUGUCUGACAUCUUUUUCUCACUGAGAGAAUCUGCUGCAAAGAGAUUUCAAGGUGACGCUGAUGUAAGGUACACUGCUGUAAGCAGUUUUAUUUUCCUGCGGUUCUUCGCUCCAGCCAUCCUUUCACCUAAUUUGUUCCAACUUUACCCUCACCAUCCGGAUCCAUUAACAGCGCGAACACUGACCCUGGUUUCAAAGACCAUCCAGACUUUGGGUAGCUUAUCCAAAUCCAAGUCUGCAAGCUUCAAAGAAUCCUACAUGGCCACAUUCUACGAGCACUUUAAUGAGCAGAAAUAUACAGAAGCUGUAAGAAAUUUCCUAGAUUUAAUCUCCUCAUCUGGAAGGAAGGACCAUAAAAGCAUUGAGCAACCCAUUGUAUUAAAGGAAGGGUUUAUGAUCAAGAGAGCCCAGGGAAGAAAUCGCUUUGGUAUCAAGAACUUUAAGAAGAGAUGGUUCCGGCUGACCAAUCAUGAGUUCACCUAUCACAAGCACAAAGGUGAUCACCCAUUGUAUAAUAUUCCAAUUGAAAAUAUUCUUGCGGUUGAAAAACUGGAGGAAGAAUCUUUCAAAAUGAAAAAUAUGUUUCAAGUUAUCCAGCCGGAAAGAGCUCUGUACAUACAGGCCAACAACUGCGUGGAGGCAAAAGACUGGAUCGACAUCUUGACUAAAGUUAGUCAAUGCAACAAAAAGCGUUUGACCAUGUACCAUCCUUCUGCCUACCUCAAUGGCCAUUGGCUGUGCUGUAAGACAAGUGCAGACACUGCACCAGGCUGCACGCCAUGUACAGGUGGGCUACCAGCUAACAUCCAGCUCGAUGUAGAUGGUGACAGGGAGACUGAGCACAUAUAUUCACUCUACAACAACUACAGGACCAAGUUAGAGAAACUACAAGAGGCAUGUGGCAGCAAGUCUGUAUAUGAUGGUCCGGAGCAGGAGGAGUAUUCAUCAUUCAUCAUUGAUGACCCUCAGGAGACGUAUAAAGUAUCAAAGCAGAUUCUAGCGGCUGUGCAAACCCUGGAGCUGCAGCAUGCUCAGUAUACAACGAAUAAAUUCAAGAGGACCAAGUAUGGCAGCCAGGAGCAUCCAAUUGGUGAUAAGUCUCUUCAGUGUUACAUAACUCAAAACUCAGGAUCUUCAACCAAUUCUGUGUGACUAACUGCCUUAAGAAAGACCUGAGGGUGCCAAGAGUAUUACUCUAAUAGCUGAAGGUGCUGGAUAUUUAGCAACCACAGACUGAACACGAGGUUUAAAGCGCAGAACAUAAUUCGUUAUCAUUUGUACAGAUUUGGAGCAUUCAACUUACACACUUUCUUUAUGAUUUUAACAAUGUUUUCACAAACCGUUAGUGUGCACUUUAGUCGUCUGAUGGUACCGGAUGACUAGCCAUUUGCCUUUUAAGGCAAUUAUUUUAUACCUGCUUCGGGGAGUGAUCAGUUCAAUGAUCAUCGAAAGUGAACCAGUCUUCAAGCAAUCCAUUGUAAUGUCGUGCGGAUGGAAACUGAGCUGAGUAUUGAAGUAAGGAAGCAAUAGAAUCUCACCAGCUGCAAGCGCACAAGAGAGAACUCUGGUAACAUCACCAAACUGGAAGCCAGGAUGGAGAGGGAGCUUUCUGCCCAGUAUCCCAAUCAAGGGGGAGGUGGUGUCGGAGUCUCAGCAGAGCCUUGCUAAUAUACCCUUUGAACAUGUCAACAUCAGUUAGUAUUCACCCUACUUCCUUAUAGAGCGACAGGAAAGACAUCCAUUAAUAGUAUUACUUUCUGAAUCAUACCCCAGACUGCUCCUCUCCCCUCCUGAAUUGAGGAUUCUGUUUCUAGUGAGAGGAGCCCAGUGUUGCUACAGUGUCUGAUCCAUCAAGUUCACAGGCACUGCUGUCGUCUACAGUUGGUGCCAGUGUGUGUACAUGAGGCCAAUACGCACCAAGAGUCCUGUCCCAAUGAUUAUUGAUUUGAGUCAUUGGGGCUGAAAUUUUUAUCUGUACUUGGAAAAACAGACUCUGUGCCAUUUCCUGUUGUAUGUGCAGUCAUAAAAAGCCCUCGCAGUUGAGUAUGCUGUACCAAGGACGUGAGUGGUACUACAGUCCACCUGACACAGUAUAAUGACUGAAGGUGCAGUGAUCUUGCAUUGGUGCAUCCCCUAUCAGGGCUUUGUGAAAUGGAAUGUUACUCAUGCACUGUGAAAAAAGUCAUUUGUUAAUACCAUUACUAAUGACAGUUAUAGAGUUUAGGACCCAGGCAUUCUGCUGUGGCAUAUGUACUGACCCCAAUGCCUCCUGCUUCAGUUUUAACAGAAAGCAGGGCUGAAAUCUUCAUUUGUAAUCAAGGGAUGGAAAAAAGAUCACAAUGAUAGGUAGAUAGAAUUCCUCUGACGUUGCAGGGAGUUGUCCAUUAUUAUGUAUCUGUUUUUAAUGGAAGCACUGUCCUAGUGUUAGAAUUGGUUUAUCGUGUUUUAGAAAAAUGUUAAAUAAAUUGUAUAGUAGGUAAGACUCCUGAUCCAAUAAAAGGAAAAUGGAUUGAGAAAUGUUUAAUAAUGUGGAGAGUCCCCAAUUGACCUGCCAGCUGAUGCGAUUCUCCUCCAGUGCUUGCAACUUAACACUUUACCUGUGUUACUAAUCGGACUCUUUGCAUUUUUAUCUGCCAAAUAAAAUCGCAAGUUUUUAACAGC